AUGCGCUUGACUUGCAGAAUAGAUCAUUUGAACUGAGAAUCAAUUGAUUUUGUAUGAGCUGAUUCAGUACUUGCAGCGCAAUAUCUGAAACUGGUGGAAAUGAAUAUUAUAUGUAUUAUAAGUCCGUUUUAGCAAACAUUUUACUGCUCUGAGUAUUUUGUCAGUUUUGACAUGGAGGAAGUGGAGACCGCAGAGGAGCUGUUAGCCAAACAGCAUCGCAAGGAAAAGAAAGACCUGCAAGCAAAAAUACAAAUUAUGAAAAAUGCCGUUCCCAAAAAUGACAAGAAGAGGAGGAAACAGCUGACAGAAGACAUUGCCAAACUAGAGGCUGAACUCACUCAAAAACAUGACAAUGAGCUCAAACAACUUCAGGACUCUUCCUCAGUGGAGGAGGUUUCAAACGCAAUGGAUUCCGUCGGUUUGGUAGAUGAUGAGGAAAAAACGGAUUCAAGCAAGCAAACUCGGACAUCUAAAGCCCAGAAGAGACGGGACAAAAAGGCUGCUCUUGAGAAGGAGCGGGAGAGUCGGAUUGCUGAGGCAGAAGUGGAGAACCUCGCAGGCUCCCGUCAUCAGGAGGGUCUGAAGCUGAGCCAGAAGCUGAUGGAGAGGCAGCUGCAGAUCAGAGAGAUCUCCUCUGACGGUCACUGCAUGUACCGCGCCGUGGAGGAUCAGCUGACGGAGCGAGGCGCCCCUCGCAGCCUUAAAGAGCUUCGGGCUCAAACAGCUCAGUAUAUGAGGAGCCACGCAGAUGACUUUCUUCCGUUCCUCACUGACCCCAAUUCAGGAGACAUGUACACUGCAGAUGAGUUUGAGAAAUACUGCAAUGAUGUUGCAGACACAGCUGCUUGGGGCGGUCAGUUAGAGUUAAAAGCCCUUUCACAGGUCCUCCAGCUACCGAUAGAAGUCAUUCAGGCAGAAUCCCCCUCUAUUAUUAUUGGUGAAGAAUAUGACAAGCCACCAAUCACACUCGUUUACAUGCGGCAUGCUUAUGGACUUGGUGAACACUACAACUCUGUGGAGCCUCUGAAAGACUUGGCAAAUGAGGAAGAGGGCUGAGCCAUCACUGACACAUUAAUAUAUGCAUCUGUGCAUAAUUAGCCUGUAGAAGUGGACCUUCUGGAAUUUGAUUCCGUUUUGCUAGGAUCAGUGGAUUCGGUCAGGAUGCUCACAGAGGAAGAUGAAAUAACAUGCUGGUGACUUCAACUGCAGUGGACAAGCUUCAUGUAACAGUCCAUGCUUGCCAGAGUUAUUUAUAAAGAAAUUGUGUUAUUUUUGGAAAACUGCAUAUCAGCAAGUCAUUUGCUCUAAGAGGUGCUGGAUGUGUCAUGCUUAUGCCGUUAAAUAAAGAAACUAAAUAAAGAAACUUAAAAUCAAU